ACAAAAAAAGUUAAGAAGGGAAAAUUUGGUGCAUUGUUGUAGUGUUCCGCAAGAUGAAGUCUAUGGUGACGCCAUUGACAAGGGUCACCCCAAUUUUUCGCCCAAAUGCCUAUAAUGCCCUUCGUUUCUCCCCCAAACCACUCCACUCUUCCUUACCAAACUCCUUCAUCUUCACCUCUCCCACUCCCACUCUUUCAAUGGCCGCUUCCUCACAAUCCACUGCUCCGGCUGUGUCCUCUGGUGAUGUUAACAUCAAAAAAGACGACGUCUUUCAAUUAAUUAAAGCUCAUCAGGAAAAAGCUGCAAGACUUCCACCAGUUGAAGAAAUUCGAACUGUCCUUGAUCGUAGUGUACGUGGGAUGCUCUCCACAUUCUCAAAGAAGUUCGAGGGUUAUCCAUCUGGGUCUAUGGUUGACUUUGCAUGUGAUGCAAAUGGAUGUCCUAUAUUAGCCGUGAGCGACUUGGCAGUUCAUUCAAAGGACUUAACUGCUAAUCCUAAAUGUUCAGUGCUUUUGGCUAGAGAUCCUGAAGAUAGGACUGAUUUGGUGAUCACUUUACAUGGUGACGCCAUCUUUGUACCUGAAAAAGAUAAAGAAGCCAUACGAGCUGCAUAUUUGGCAAGACAUCCCAAUGCGUUUUGGGUUGACUUUGGAGACUUCCGAUUUGUACGCAUUGAACCAAAAGUUGUACGAUUUGUGUCAGGUGUUGCCACAGCUUUGUUAGGAUCAGGAGAGUUUAAUGGAGAUGAGUACAAAUCUGCAAAAGUUGAUCCCAUAGCUCAGUUUUCCAAGCCAGUAGCGUCACAUAUGAACAAAGAUCACAGUGAUGAUACUAAAGCGAUUGUGCAGCAUUGGACCUCAGUUCCGGUGGACUUUGCUUACAUACUAGAUUUGGAUCGUCUAGGUUUCAAUGUCAAGGCUGGUUAUCAGGGAGAUACUUUCAAGCUCCGCGUACCUUUUCCUCGACCUGCAGAAGAUAGAAAGGAUGUUAAAACUCUCAUUGUUGAGAUGCUCCAAGCUUCUAAGCCUCAAGUUUGAUUGAUUACUCCACAGAUCAAAGAUGGACACAAGCUUCCUACAAGUCAUCCUUCUGCUGGGGAGGACAAAUUGCGUGCCUUGAGAAAUAGACGCAUAAAUAUAUAUUAUGACAACUCAAAUGGUUUACUUUCUCUUAUUUGCGAUUUUUGCAGGGUAACACACACAAAAUUCAGUCAUUAAAGUGGUGUGAGAUUCAUACUCUUCAAGACAUACAUAUCCUUUAUACAGAAUGAUCAUAAGACUCUUGUUGAAUUGAGAGUUGAGACAAUUUAUAAUCAUACGUUUAGAAACUACAUAUGCUUUUUUAUCCUUGUCCAUACAGUGAGAGAGCAAUAUCAUAUAUGUUUUAGUUUUUAAUUUCAAAAUAGAAAUAAAAUACAAUUCUAUUUAUAUAUUGUUAUAGUUGUGAGUUGAAUGACUAUGUACAUAAAAUGUGAAAAAUUA